CCUUAGCUUUACUUCUAGCUUCACUUGUUUUCAAAUAUGGAGUCGAUGUGGUCGGAAGUUGAAACAGUGAAGAAGGAAAAUCGCCAUGAAUUAUCCCUUAAAGGGCAACAGAUUAACUCAAGGAUUAUUAAAAAUGGAUUGGACCAGGGAAUAUAUACUUUGGUUGGUUUAAAUCACCUCGAAAUAUCAAUGACCUGUUUAAAUGAAUUAGGUGCAGAUCUAGGAAAUCUGUCAAACUUGACUAGUUUGAUACUUUGUUCUAAUAAACUAACAACAAUUCCAGUUUCAGUGGGCAAAUUAACCAAGCUGAAAGUUUUGGAUAUGUCUAAUAACGAGAUAAUCAACAUCCCGAAUGAAAUAAAUGGUUUAAUUGGAUUAGAGGUGCUAAAUGUUAACAAAAACCAACUCGAAAUAUUUCCAUCCAUAGCAGCUCUCAAAAACCUUCACAAAUUGAAUAUUUCGUUUAAUCGAUUAAAAUGCCUUCCCGAUGGUAUAACUGAUCCAAGUUUGGUCCACUUAAGCCAUGUCUUAGCUUCUAACAACCAUAUUGAAGAAAUUCCUCCCGAAUUGAAUAACUUGUCUCAUCUAAAUGUCUUGGACUUAUCAGAAAACCAUUUAAACGACAUUGCUCCAGAAUUGUGUUUAUGUGAACGCCUUAAAGAGCUGAAUCUCAAAGGAAACCGAGUAAAAGAUAGAAAACUGCUAAAAUUACUCGAACAGUCAAAUAAGAAGACGAUUUUUGAGUUUCUUUCCACUGCUCUCACCAAACAGCAAAAGUCUGAAGAAGGACGUAAUUCUUCUGGUAUUCCGAGAUCAGGAAAAGCUAAAAAAAAGAACCGCCAGUCCAAAAAAGAUACAUUAGAAAAUGAUGUUCCCAAAAGUGUUAUUCAUAUUUUACAUUUUCCCGAAGAAGACGGUGUGACAGUUCGAAUCACAUCAAAUGCCGUAGCCAUCCGACCAUAUAUUAUCUGCUGUAUAGUUAAAGAUGUUAACUUGAAGAGAGAAAAUACUCUUUAUAAGAAGUUUAUUCAGUUACAGACGAAACUCCAUGAUACAGUUUGUGAUAAAAGACAAGCAGCAACUAUAGCAACCCAUGACAUGUCCAAACUAAAAGCUCCUCUUGUGUUUGAUGCUAAGGUUCCUGCUAAAAUCAAGUUAAUUCCUCUGUUUGGUAAGGAAGAGGUUGAUGCACAUAGCCUUGUUUCAUCUUUGAGAAAAGAAGCUGAUGAAAUUCGUAAAGAGAAGAAAAGAAACAAACUUAGUGGUGUGCAUAAGUAUUUAGAUUUUCUUCAUGAGAAACCGGAAUACCCUUGUUUACUUGAUGCAAAAGAGCAAGUAAUUUCUUUCCCGCCCAUCACUAACAGUGAUGUAACAAAGAUUUCUCCCGAAACUAGUGAAAUUCUUGUUGAAGUGACAAGCUCCCGAAGUUUACCAAUUUGCAAAAGUGUAAUGAAUACCUUGUUGAUGGAAAUUCUCAAUUUAGGAGUUGGAGAUCUGCUUGAAGGUGACCAUAGUUCUGGUGACAAAGAACCGAAUUACAAGCUAAUUGUUCAGCAAGUACGUGUCCUGAAUGAGGAUAGUUCUCUGUAUGCUGUCUACCCAUCUCAGGUAGACAUCCAAGAAGACAGCAUACAGGUGAUACGAGAAUAAAAGUGAGAAGCUGGUUGUUAACUUGAGCUAAUAUUUUUGUUAACUUGGAUAUUACAAUGAGUAAUAAGUUAGGUGCUUUGUGUGUGUGUGAGUAAACAUACACAUGUAUGAAAGUAAAUACACACUAACAGAAUUGAAUUAUUUUAUUCCUGUUGACAGUUUUAGUGUUCAGAUAUCCAACAAGAUGUUAUUCAGAUUUCAGCCAAAUUGUAAUGUCACUUUGACUAUAGGAAAGAAACUAUCCAUUUGUAGAUCUUAAAAACAGAGAAGCCAUUUCACAAAGCUCUCUAAUUUAUACUGUUAUGGUACAAGAAGUAUGUACGUGGUAAAUAAAUGAAAAUGUAUGUCUUGUCUACAAUCCAUACACAUAAUUUUAUUUUUCACUUAUUAUAUGUAUUUAUCAUUAUCUCAUUGUAGUUAUUGUCGUCACUUCCCCACAUUUAAAAAUAAUAAUCAAAAUAUUUAUCCACUAGUUAGGUUUCAAAUAGAAUUGGAGACACGACAUAUUUUGCUUCAAUAAAAAUAUUCUUGCAGUUAACAGAUAUCAUUUGGAAAUUUUCUGAAUUAAGUGUACUAUUUCCCACAUAUUCCAUAUAUCAUCAAGUAUUCGAAUUUGGUUUAAUGUUUUCACUUUGGUUUAUAAAAUGCUAUCUGCUAUUUAGGUUGUUUUUGGGCCUUGGUUUAGGAAAGCUGACUAUUUUGAGCUUAUUGAAAUUGUA